CAAAAUAAAAAUAUCUGCAGCCUUUGGCUCUCUGCUAAACUCACACCAGGGACCUACCCAGGAGGGAUACCCGCUGGCCAAUGACUUCUAAGAGCCUCGGGGACAGGUGCCUUGUCUUCAUGUCUUUAUAAAGUUUGGACUGCCCCGGUCCCCGAAGAGAGAUCACUCCCUGGGACCCCCCUCAAACCCCAGCUCCCCCUUAAGCCUGAGGCCGGCUGGUGCUGAACUCUGCCAACUGUUUCUCAAGAUCUCAAAUCAGUGCUUGUGCUGGUGACACUGCGAAAUGGGCAUCAAAGCUGCUCUGCCCGUUUAUGAGCUAGGAUUGUAUGCUCUUGUGGUGUUGUGUGCCAUUGUUUAUAGCGGGCAUGACAUCUUUGAAACCUCUCAAGGCAGUGUGAACCGAAAAACCUUCCGAGAGAACAUAAAACCAGGAUGGCAUUACUUUGGCAGAAAGAUGGACACCGCCGAUUUCGAAUGGGCCAUCUGGUUCACUUCGUUCAGAAACUUCAUCAUCUUUGCCCUGUCGGGUCACGUUCUGUUUGCCAAGAUCUGCUCCAUGACAGCUCCUCAGCACCGGUCCGUGGUUUACAUGGUGUACGGGCUCCUGGCUGUGGUGGGCACGAUGGGGGGCACCUACUUGAUGAUCAUUCUCGCGCACUGUACGGUGCUCUACACCAUUGCACUAGUUAAGCAGAGGUGGCUCUGCUUCGUAGCUGGCCUUUGCAGCUUGGCCUCCUUCAAGGUGGAGCCGUUCAGCACUUGGCAGAAUGGGUUUGUAACAGGAACUUUUGAUCUUCAAGAUGUCCUCUUUUACGGAGGAACCGGCUUCAGCGUCAUGCGUUGCAUGAGUUUCGCUCUGGAGAACUGCGACAGGAAGGAAGGGAACUUCUCCAUCUUUGCCCUGCUGAAAUACAAUUUCUACCUCCCCUUCUUUUUCUUCGGACCCAUCAUGACUUUUGACCGAUUCCAUGACCAGGUAAACGCCAGCGAGCUGCAGCGUAAACAACACGAGAUGUGGUACAUCCGUCUCCACGCUCUCGUCCACCUUGCAGCCAUUGUGGCCGUGGAUGUCUUUUUCCAUUUCUUCUAUAUCCUGACCAUUCCUUCGGACAUGAAGUUUGUGAACCGCCUCUCAGACUGGGCAUUGGCUGGCCUGGCUUACUCCAACCUGGUGUACGACUGGGUCAAAGCUGCAGUGAUGUUUGGGGUCGUCAACACAAUUGCCAGACUCGAUCACCUGGACCCACCUCAGCCUCCAAAAUGCAUCACCAUGCUCUAUGUCUUUGCGGAAACGCACUUCGACAGAGGAAUUAACGACUGGCUUUGCAAAUAUGUCUACGAUUAUAUUGGUGAGAACCAUGACAACAUCUUGAAGGAACUCAUGGCUACCGUCUCCACUUUUGCCAUCACCACCCUCUGGCUCGGUCCCUGUGACAUUGUUUACAUUUGGUCCUUUUGCAACUGCUUUGGCCUCAAUUUUGAACUCUGGGUUCAGCAGUUCUUUCAAAUGAAGACGUUUGCUGAGAAGGAGGCCAAGAUGUCGGAAGCAAUGUCCCGGCGGAUCAGAGGUUUCUUCGGAGCAGCCAAUUUUUGGGCCAUCGUCCUCUACAACAUUCUUGCCCUUAACAGCUUGGAUUUCGCCAUCCUUGUUGCUCGGAGAAUUCUCCAAAUAGGUUUCCCGCUCAGCACUUUCUCCAUCUGGUUCAUCACAUACUGUGGCGUGCAGCUGAUCAAGGAGAGAGAACGAUUCCUAGCCAUCCGGGAGGAGAAAGAAGGCAAGGAAAAGGGCGAGUAAUGGAGAGAGGGAAGCCUGCCUCCAAGAUGGCCGCCGUCACUCAGGGCCCUUACAGGAGGGCAAAGCCCAAGACCCCCGAGCGCUCUGUCCCCUGCCACAAAGCCAUACGUCAGCCAUGUACAAAAGUCACCUGUGUAAUAAUAUCCUUCUCCCAUUUAAAUAAAAAAAUAUUUUCUAUUAA